CUUGUUCUUGUAUUGCUGGCUGCAGAACAGAAACAGUAGUUUGCCGUUGGUGCCGUAAUUGAGAGCCUUAUUUUUCGAAGGUUUCACUCCGCUUUUUACCAUUUAAAGUGUUAAUUACCCAUUACUACUACUCAAAAUGGUCACACACAUCAAAGACAAGGCUGAUCUCGACAGCAAGCUCGCAGAUGCAGGAGACCAACUUGUGGUCAUCGAUUUCUUUGCCACCUGGUGCGGUCCAUGCAAAGCCAUUUCUCCUAAAUUGGAGGAAUUGGCCAAGGAACAUGCCAACGUACUUAUCUUGAAAGUGGAUGUAGACGAAUGCGAAGACAUCGCGAUGGAAUACAACAUCUCUUCGAUGCCGACCUUCAUCUUCAUCAAACGCAAAGAGACCAUCACUUCCUUCAGCGGGGCCAACUACGAGAAGCUGAAGGCCCUCGUGUUGGAACACAAGUAAACACCUUGUCUAUACUCGCGUGAAAUUUGGGAAAUAUUUAAUUUUUGCAUAGUUUACAUAUAUAUUUUUUUUAUUUGGUUUUCGAGUUUCGGGAGAUGUUUUGCGAACAAACACAAAUUCACCUUUUAGACGAGUGCCUCAUAAUGUUAAAAACGAGUAUUGCGUAAAGUAUUUUAUGUUCACUACUUUCCAUGUGUAAUGUUGAAACUAGAAAUUGAAUAAAAUGUUGUAAUUGC